UUUUUCUUUUACUUUUUUAUUAUUAUUAUAAUUAUUCUUUUGAUAGACAUGAACAAAGUGAUGAUUUUCAUAAUCUUCACUUUGAUCUCCCUUGUAUUGGCCGAGACACCUAGUCAACGGUUUUUACAAGGAUGUGAUGUCUUGGGGACGAAAAUUGUUUGUUUUGGAGGUAGCAUCAGUGGAUCGGUAGAUGUUUUUCACCAAUUUCAACCUACCAAUGAAUUUUAUUCUUUGGAUGUCAGCCAGUCACUGUCACCUAAUCAAGCUAAAACUAAUUGGGAAGUCGUUCCCUCUCCUAAUAAUUAUGUAUUAGAACCAAGAGCAGAGUUUGGUCAUGCCGUUGUCAAUUCUACAAAAUGGGUGAUUCUAAGUGGAGCUGGAUCAGGACAAAAUUAUUCUCAGCCUACACUGGUCAACGUCUCAGCUAUUUACGAUAUUACUACAAAUCAAUGGAUAACCUAUAAGCAACAAGGAACUCUUUUUUUUGAUAAUGGGAAACAACCUCCUAUUGACUAUACUGUCUCUCCGGCGUUUACUCAAUUAAUAGGCACUGGCGCUUGUAGUUAUACUGUUCAAGGAACCACGAAAACACCAGCUAUUGCUCUCGAUGGUGGUUUGAGUCUGAGCAAUGCUACAUUGAUUGAUGCUACAAUCACACCAGUGUAUCAAAUGGCCACACCAAAUAACGGUGAUUGGAAUCAAAUGAAUGUAACUGCAUUAGAAAAACCUGGAACAUUCUUUCAGACGAUAAGAGAACAAUGCGCAUAUACUACCAACAAAUUGUUAUUUUCAUUUGGUGGCAUCGGUUACAAUGCGACUCUACAAACAUCAUUUCCUUUCUACAAUGGCACGGAUGAUGCCAGUCAGGCAUCAUCAUUCUCCGAUUUUGCUUACUUUGAUUUCAAAGCUGGUACUUUCAACAUUUCUUAUAUUGAUAGCACACAACUAACUCCAUCCGUCCGUUACUGGCAUACACUCACUUCACUACCUGGGACCAACAAGAUCCUUAUGUAUGGUGGAGUCUAUAAUCAUGUUGUCAGUCUUGAUUACUGUCUAAUAUUUGAUGGCGUUGCACUUCGUUGGUCAGCACCUGAUUUUAGCUCAAGUAACAAUAUACCAGGUCCUCGUUAUGGCCACUCAGCCGUAAUGGUGGGACAAGAUACUCUUUAUAUCAUGAUGGGUGCAGAUAUCACACAUCAAUUGAAGAACGAUGUCUAUAUCUUGAAUGUGACCUCGAUGCAAUGGUUUAAUGCUGACUCAAAUUCAACAUGGCUCACAGCGGGAAAUAAUGAAAACAACGCUAAUCAAUCAUCCUCCUCCUUAUCCCCUGGUGCUAUCGCUGGAGCUGUCAUUGGUGGUGUAGCCGGGUUAUCUCUAUUAGUAGUAGCAGCUGUUGUAUUUAUAUACAUUCGAAAAAGAAAAAGACAAUUGGAAGAAAUUCCUCCUCAACCAGAUAUGUUUUUUGACAACAACAACAAUGGACCCUUGUUGUCGGACAAUCACAAUGAAAAUAUCAAACCUUCAGAACCACAGCACGAACCUACGAAUCUGUUCAAACCAUCAGAAGUGCAACAUGAUGAUGAACAUACUACUCUGUUCAAACCAGACAUGGGUGAUGAUGAUGUUAAAGAUAUAAUGACUAAACCUAUGGACACUUCUUCAUUAACCAAGCCUCAUCUUCAGUAACCCACAUCUCAUGUUGAUCUAUAAUAAAAAAAGGUUAUGGUUUUAAUAAAGUGAUGAUGGAUCAAAG